UCGAGCUGCCUGUGGAAUACCAGUCUGUUCCUUUCUCGGAUGGAAGCUCUCAAGGACACGAAGUCAUAGACCACUCGAACCCCUUGGAGCCUUCGUUCUUGAAGACGAACAAGUCUGGACGCAAGGCGAAAAUCACCUCGGCGUCUUACGAAGACCGCCUUCAGACCUUCAUGCUCGAUCUCAAAUCGAGGCCAUGGCUGGCGUUUCAGAGUAUUGUCGACGCGGUCUAUCCCGAACAUUUGGAGCCUGUUAGCUGCGCGCAUAUAAAAAAGAGAAGUGUAGCAGCUAUCCUGAGGGUUGAUGCAUCAAAGAUCCUACCGGCCUCUGGAGGUACUAGCGUGGGGUACCAUCCCUUGAUGCAGAAAGUCCUCACCGACUGCCGACUUGAUAUCCCCGAGUCCGCAGAUUUGCUGGCCGAAUAUGAGCAGAUUCUUCAUCUGAGUCGCAUCUAUCGCCUCAUUCUCUUAAUCACCCCGGAUUGCAGCCUGAUCAAGCAAGAAUGGAUUGACGAAACUCUCCGUCAGCACGGAGAGAAAUGCAGCAAGAAGAUGGCUGACGGUCAGAAGGUCACUGCGCGUCAAGAACUGCACCUCACUCGCGAUGAGUGCCAGUAUCUCUUGAACAAGCUUCAGGCCGCUGACUCGUCCAACCGCGGCUAUGCACUUGACGUCCUUGUCUCUGCUUUGUAUAGCUGCAAGGUCAAGCGGCCAACUCCGAACGCUGAAGAGAGAUGCCACCAACAAGGAUACCAAGAAAUCCGUCCUCAGAACAGCUUCUUUGUUUUUGCGCGGGCUUUUGAGCGUUGCGUAUCCCAGGGCGAGAACAUCAGACAGACCUCGCUCCGGAUGUAUACGAAGAUUGUCUGGCACAGCGUGCUCACAGAAGAUCAGCGCGAUCUGUUCCAGGAAAUAUACAACGAGAUGAAUAAGAUUCAUUCGAUCAUUCAUCCCAAGUAUAAGUACGUUCCCAAGUUCCGCGCGCCGGGACAUCACCAACCCCCAGCUGAGAAUGGCGAACAAUCAGGUGCUGUCAAGUCUUCUCCUUCUGUGAGCAGUCAGAUUUCCCAAGCCAAGCACGCCUACGCGGAUGCUAAUGCAGACAGCCGUCCAGCGAAACGGCAGUGCUUGGCUAUGGAGGAGACAACAGUCGCCGCCCAAUUAGUCACUUCGAUGCCUUGGGGAGUCCCGGAUACAGUUGCUGAGGACUAUUUCAACGGACCACAUCACAUGGACUGUCGCUAUGCUUGGGAGGAGUCAACGGUCGCUCCGUUUUACGAUCCUACCCUCGCUUUUGCCGACCAGUCUGAUCCUUGCGCUCUCUCGCAGCUGCCGCAAGACCAGUCGUACAUUUCUUUCUUCCCUCCGCCUCCUGCUGUCCCGUACUCUGCUGUCCCGUACAAUACUGUUCAGUACACUGCUGUUCAGUACGCAGAGGCCGCCGCUAGCAUUUUCUAUACUGAGCCCAUCUACCAGACGGUUGCAGCCCCGAUGCCAUCGUUUCAGCCCGCGGUACCACUCCCUCAGGAUUCAGAGCUCAAAGACGACAACAACGUCAGUCUUGACGACUCCCAGAUGGUCGAUGCCCCGAUCCCACUCCCUCAGGACUCAGAACUCAAAGACGACGACAACGUCGGUCUUGACGACUCUGAGAUGGUUGAUGCCCCGAUACAAUCUUCUCUGGCCUCAGAACUCCUUCACGACAAAAACUUCAAUCUUGAUGACUUUCUGAAUUCUCUCGGGCCGGAGCAUUUCACGCCAAUGCCCGCCCGCGCUGUGAUGGCCUUCCUUCUUCUGUGAUAUCAAAAAAUACCAAAAAAAAAGUUGUCGACUGUGAAGCUGUGUACCUGUGUACUUGUUUUGGUUUUGUUUGUUCUGGCGGCUUUCUGAGACAUUUGUUCUCCGUUCCUUCUGUGAUUGUGAGGUGUGCUUUUGGGAGUUUUGGGUUUUCUCUGAUUUUUAAUCGGUCUUUUUUUUGUACAUAUUCUUGUUUUUGAUGGA